UCCCCUGGAAGGUGACUGUGUCUGGUGCAGCUGUCGGUGCAGGUGUAAUCGAUUUCCUGUUCGUUAAUUUUUGAUUGUUCUGAUAUGAAUUGCCUGAUCAGACUGGGUUUCACUUAGACAACAGAAAUGCAGUAAAAAAGUUUCCAUCCCAAGUGAUGAAAGCUGAGGUAGCUGAGAAAAGAAACCUACUUUGAAAGUUAGUUGUUUAUUUGCGAGUUCGCUUUCCGGUUUACAACAUCAUGUUAUUUUCAAGUCAAAUAUCUUUUGUGACUUUUACUCUCAUUGAGUUUCUCUGUAUGGUGAAUUUAAUUUUGUGCCAUGAGCACUCUUCACACCAUUCAGAUACUCAUUCAUGUGGGAAUCAGUAUGGUGAAGGUUGUAAUGUUCUCAAGAAUGAUCUUACAGAGGAAGAAAUGUUUCUGCAUGGUCAUAUGAAGCCAUUUGGAUCACAUCGUCCUCCUGACUUCAUUGUAGAAGAACUUCCUUACAUGAUUUCUCCCGAGGAUUUCUACAUGAAUUAUGUUAUAAAGCAUAAACCAGUUGUGUUUAAAGGUGCUGUGAAAUACUGGCCUGCAUAUACAAAGUGGACAGAUCAAUACUUGAAUACAACUUAUGGCCAAGAAAGGUUUCACAUGGAAACAAAGGAUGAUGACAAAUGGAAUGUCCCCCCUGAUAUGGAGUUGAGUGAAUUUCUCUCUCAAUACAACCAUUCAAAUCGCUACCUUGUUGAUGAAGUUCUUCCAGAUAUGCGAAAAGAUGUAAUUCUUCCACUGUGUUUACGCUGUGAAGAAAUGAGCUCAUUCUUUUUUGUGUCGUACUUCUGGAUGAGCACUGGAGGGACAUCGUCAUCUAUUCACAUUGAUACAGAUGAAAACUUGCUGUGUGUCAUUCAUGGACAUAAAUCUGUCCUCAUGGUGUCUCCAGUCUAUUCCACCCAUCUGUACUCUGAUGAGUCACGGGUGCUGGGUGUCUCAGACAUCAAUCCACAAGCUGUUGAUUUAGAGAAAUUUCCCAAUGUCAUGAAAGUUCGGUAUCACCGUGCCAAUGUUGAAGAAGGAGAUAUUGUUUACAUCCCCCAGGUGUGGUGGCACCAAGUUAUAUCAAGACCUGAACGUCAACAAGCAGUGGCCUUGUGGUGGAAAUCCAAACCAGUAUUCAAAAAACCUGGAAGGGAGGCACUGCCAGUGGAAAGUCUUGACAAAGAAAGGUAUUCCUUUGGAAAUGUCCUGGCCCAGUAUGAGUUAUGGGUUCAGAAUGUGAGUGAUAUCACACCAAGAAUAAAAUGCAAGGACCAGCAGGUUUUCAUGAGCGAUUAUCAGUUUGAAAGUGACAAAAUGAAUGUACCACAGACACAGGGGGAUGGAGGCUACCUGGAAGAGGAAUUAGGCCUGAAAAUCAGUGAUCUGAACAAGCCAGAAAACAAAGAUUUGAACCCUUGUGAUUUUGAUUACAAAAAUCAGAAGAGCCCAUGUCACUUUGAAAGCUGUCGCAACCAGGAGGAUGAAGAGAACACCAAGUGCAUCAGAUAUAUACUAGACUACUGUCUUCACUAUGAUGACAGAGGAUGUGUAGAUCAACUGCCACAGUUGAUGAAUAAGCUUGGUUCUUCUCAGUACAAGGAGAUACAACAAAUGCAAUCUGAUUUUUGAGCAUGUCUUUGCUGUUACACAUUCUGCUGUGCUUUCCAUUCAUGCUACUGGACAUGUUUUGUAUGCUUUCCUUUAGAAUGUAACAAUUGUUACAAUCUCCCUCUCCUUCUCUUC